UAUCCAUGAAGUCAGGACUGAGGACAAUCUGUAAGGAACACUGUCAAUGAGGAGACACCAACAUUGCUGAGACACCCUGAUUGGCCAAGAGACAGCAUAAGAGGAGAUCAGUACAAGAAUAUAAACUCUGUCCUGCAGCAGUUCAACAUGGACGUGAAGCAGCACUGUGUGAAGCUGUCGGUGCAGCCGAUCAGAGCCCUCGUGGACGAGAAGUUUGUCAUCCUGGUCCAGAAUGCUCUCCCUGGUUCUAAGAUAACUAUCCACGCCCUUCAUCGGUGUGAAGAUGGACAACACUGGCAGGCGUUCGCCCACUACGUUGCUGACACCACAGGGGCUGUAAACGUUUCUGAGGACUUCAGUCUGGGUGGGACAUAUUCAGGGCUCGAGCCGAUGGGUUUACUGUGGGGCCUGAAACCAGUUCCAGGGAGCAAACCUGGCCUCAGGAUGAGGAAGAAGAACGUUCAGAUCCCCAUGGAGGUUACAGUCUCAGUGUACCACGAUCACCAGACAGAAGGCUUUAUGGAUCAGGUUCCUCUGGCUGCUGUGGUGGUGGAGCGAUGGUACAUGGCACCUGGUGUUCGCAGAAUCCCCAUCACAGAGGAUGGGCUCACCGCAACUCUCUUCUUACCUCCAGGCCCGGGACCUUUUCCUGGUCUCCUGGACCUGUGGGGUGGAGGAGGACAGUUGGUGGAGUACCGAGCAGCUCUGUUGGCUUCUCAUGGAAUCGCCUCCAUGGCCCUUGAUUACCUGACCUGUAAAUUCACCAUGGAAACUGGGAAAAGUGUGGGUAACAACUACUUUGAGAUGGGACGACUCCAGUGUCCACUGUUACUGAUUGUUGGUGAAGACGAUCAGAACUGGUGUGCCUACGAGUCUGCAAUGGAUAUAAAGGAGAUGAUGGAGCGAGCGGGGAACAGCCACCUGCUGACUCUCCUGUCCUACCCAAACACAGGUCACCUGAUUGAACCACCAUACUCGCCACAUGCCCGAGCUAGUCUUUUUAAAGAUCUCACAACUCAUCAAAAAUCAAUGGUGUUGUGGGGGGGACAGACUCUGGAACAUUCUCGAGCUCAGGAGGACUCUUGGAAAAAGAUGUUGGUCUUUCUGAGGGAGAAUUUGUACGGCGGCACAAAACCUGGUGCAACCUUACUGUCCCAGCUUUAAUUAUCAAGAUGACUGAUAAUUGAUGAAGUUAAACUGAUUUAAUUCUUAUGAUAAGCAUAUACUGAUAAGUGACUGUAAACUCAAUUUUUAUAAAUAACCAAUUUUAAAGACACAUUUUCUAUGGACCAAACAAUGAAAUCAUUAUUUUACAUUCAGUCCAAAUUGUCUUACUUUACUUUUUAAUGUUUUAGUCAAAUACAUGUAGAAUCAGAAACAGUAUGAGAAUGCUUUGAAAGCACAUCAGCACAAAGCUUCGUACAGAGAGACGCAAUUCAUGAUUUCAAAUACAGCAACCGACACCAGCUGAGCUGGAAGAGUGUGAAACCAAAGCACACAUUGUGAUAAUGUUUGUCUACAAAGUACAGAUUGUUCUUUGCUGUGGUUUGUACUCUGCCAUCACACAGCUGCAGUCAGACAGUUAAAAAGAACUCAUCACAAACCUGAAUUUCUCAUUACUUUUAAAUAAUAAUAAUAAUAAUAACUUUAUAAAGCACUUUCAACAAAGUGCUGAACAGUUAAAAAAGGUAAAAAUCAAUAUAAAAGGGGUUGUAUGAACAAGUACAACAGUGGGAAAAAAAGAUUUAAAAAAUGUAAAAUUUAAGACAUAUAAGACAGAGUGUACAGGUGGGUUUUAGCUUAGCUUUAAAAACUUCCUCUGAGCUGGCCAGCCUGAUGUCUUGAGGGAGAUCAUUCCACAGUGAAGGGGCACGAAAGAAAAAAGCACGACCUCCAAUAGUUUUACGCCUGACCUUAGGGAUUACCAAACAGACCAGUGCCCUGAGAUCGGAGAGCACGAGAUGGAAUGUUGCUUUACUUGAACUUGUUUUUUCAGGUUGAAAUGUUUAUACAAGUAGAGCUAGCUGUGCAUAUUUGAAUUUAGGAAACUGUACAUUUUGUCCUGUUCACACAGGGUCAGAUUUGUACGUACACGCCAGCAGCUUUUGAUAUCUUUAUUUAACUCUUUAUUAAACCAUGUAAAUCCCAAUUAAAAAUCUCUUUCAAAA